GUUAAAUUGCAUUGUUUGGAAUUCAUGUACUGGCUUAUGGAUCUAAAAUCUUCUAACCAUUCAAAAGAACACUUCUCUUUUCAAAAUGCUGUAAUUAACCAGUAAGGUCAAAGAAGCAUGAAGAAACAUAUUAUUUCUCAUUUGGCCUAAAUUCAGAUUUAGAAAUGAUCCCGUCCAAUUGCUGGUCUGAGUUAGUAUAGCAGCAUAGCUGAAAGGAAAAAUUUCUAAAAAAAGGUUAUAAAGAAAAAACUGCGCAUCCAGCGAAUCGAACCCUGGUCAGUACCGUGGGAGGGUACUAUGAUACCACUACACCAGAUGCGCUUGCUUGACUGUUCUGCAAAUUAAAUCUUUAUAACAGUAUCCUUGAUUCGCUUACUCGGCAAGCGCCUCGCGUUUGGCAUUUUCGUUUCUUCAAAAUCAAACAAACAACCCCAAAUCUCUUCCCCUCUGUUAAUCGAAUUCCACCACCACCACCAAAGACGAUCUUCUUCUAAAACCCUAAUCAGAUCGGUAGAUCAUGGACAAAAGCAUCAGCAUAAGCACCAACGUUAGCACGACUACUUCCAUGGAGAAGAUCGAUCAGGCAGCGAGCUGGCUCAGCGCCACGAUCAUCUCCGCUUUCUUCGCCUCCCUCGACCGCUGCGCCUGCGUCAACCUCUCUACCUCCCAUGACGACGAAGACGAAGACAACGAAGAGUCCUACCACCGUCCCCUUGCUCUCUCCGCCGCUCCUCAUUCCAACGACACCGUUUAAGCUCCGUGUUUGACCUCUCUUGGUAAUAAAAAUCUUAUCGUGUGUUUUUUUUUUUUUUUGGCUUCCUCUGGUUAAUCGAUAAGUAAGCAUUACGUGUAAUGCUAGAUGGAUAUUUCAGACCUUUUGGAUUGUAAAUGUCAGACUCGGAACUUUGUUUUGUGAUGGUUCUCAAGUGCUUUGUCUGUUUGUCUGUACCUGAUGAUCUUACUUGGGUUUGAUGUAGUUAAGAUCAUUCGUUUGAAGUUUCUUUUGUUAAUCAAUCUUGACUUCAAGUA